AUGUCAUCGGGCGGCCGGAGCGACGCCACUCCCGAGGAGCGGGACGUGCGUGCCUGCCUCAGCACCAUCGUCACCUCGCUUGAGGAGGACGGCGAGGCGUUCUUCACGCAGUGCCGGCGGCUCUGGAGCGAGCCGGACGACGACGCCGGCUCUGACGACGACGUCAGCGGCUCGCCAGUGCUCACCAGCCACCAGAAGCGGCCGCGACAGGAGCGGGAAGGGCGCGAGCAGUGGCCGACCGCCGUCUCCGAGCCGGAGGUGCUGUCGCUGGGAGUGCCAGCCGCCGUGCUGGACGUCUCAUUCAGCUCGGCGGCCGAGUACCGGUUCAGCUGCGCCGAGACCACCCUGCAGGUGGACGGGUUUGUCGUCAUCCCGGCGGAUGACGACACGGUGGGCGUGGCCGAGGUACGGGCGGCGCUGUUGGCGUCGCCGCACGUCCAGCCGGACCUGGUGCCGCAGCGCUGGGUGGACAACGCCUACCGUCACCUGGUCUGGAAGCUGGCCGGUUAUGAGCGACGUUUUCCGGCGUGGGCCGGCGGAGGCUGCCUGACGGCGGAGCAGCUGGUGCGGCAGCUGCGCUACCGCUACGACCGCGAGCUGGACGGCUGCCAGCGGCCGGCGUUGCGCAGGAUCACCGAGGCGGACGACUCGGCCGCCAAGACGCUCGUGCUGUGCCUGGCCGAGGUCACCACGAGCCCUGAGUCGGUGUCCCUGGUGGUGACGGACGGCUGGUACAGUGUGCGCGCCCAGCCUGACGCCGCCCUGCAGCGGCUGGCGCGGCUCGGCCUCGUCCGGCCGGGUAUGAAGCUGGCUGUCCACGGCGCUGAGCUGGUCGGCCAGCAGCGGGCCUGCUCACCGCUCGAGGCCAGUGCGGAGCUAUGUCUGCGCUUCUCCACGAACUCGUGCCGUCGCGCACGCUGGGACGCCCGGCUCGGUUACCAUAGCAACCCGGUGCCGUUUGCCAGCUGUCUGCGUGCCGUGCUGCCAGACGGCGGCUCCGUUGCCAGACUGGAUGUGGCCAUUGCUCGGGUGUAUCCGCUGCUCUACUUCGACAAAGAGGAGGGCAAAACGGUGUUCCGGGCGGCGCGGCUCGAGCGGCGACGCGCGGCCGGCGCCGAGGCGCGCCGCCAGGCUCGGCUGGAGCGGCUGUACGCCGAAGUGGAGCGCGACCUGGGCGCAGCCGGCGCUGGCGACGACGCCGGUCCGAAGCGGGCGCGGCGCACCUUCAGCCGCGCCAUGGUGGGCCAGCUCACCAGCGGUCAGGAGAUCUACCAGUGCAUCAGCGCCGCCGCCGACCCUGGCAGCGUCGAGUCAUUGCUGACGGACCAUCAGAAACUGCUGGCGGCCGAGCACCAGCGCCAGCGCCGGGACGAGCAGCGCCAGAGGGUGGAGGCCGAAUUCCGCGCGAGGCUGGCGCAGCAACCCGACGAUCGGCCGGCCGCUCCGCUGCUCAAGAUCCGUGUGGCCGGCAUGGACGGCGAGCCGGCGAGUGGCGCCAUCUUCACCCUGUGGCGGCCGACGGAGGAGCUGCGCGCCUUCCUGUCCGAGGGCCGCGCCGUCUCACUGUGCGGCGUCACCGCCGCUGGCAAACGGUGGGUGGGCUGA